AAACUAAUCUGAAUGAUCGAUCCAUUUCUGAAUUCUUGACUUCUCUCUCUAGACCCCCACCAUGGAUGACCUCUCCUCCUUACACAAGAUUCAAAUCUCCGGCCCAACCCUCGCCUCCUUACUCCACCGCUUCUCCUCCUCCCCCGCCGACUUCGACGGCCUCCUCUUCGGCCGCAUCUCCCACCUCACCCCUUCCACCCUCUCCGACGACCCCUCCCCCUCCGAUGAUCACCCCACCCUCAUCGCCACCGUCACCUCCUUCUUCUCCGCCCCCUCACCCACCACCUUCCAUUCCCCCUCCCUCCACCACCUUAUCUCCUCCUCCCCCGACCCCCUCAUCGGCUGGUUCUCCGGCCGACGGAAAACCCCCCUCCGCCCCUCCAUGCGAGAAUCCUCCCUCACCCUUUCUCUCUCCUCCGAUCCCACUUUCAAUUUGACUAACUGUAUAUUCAUCCUCUUAACGACGCCGUUCCAGGACCAGUUAAUUCAUACUCAUGAAUACAAGGCGUUUCAGUUCCGUUCUUCUACUGGUUUGUUUGAGGCUAAAACCCUAGAUGUUGUUAAUUUGGGCCCUGCUUUCCGAGGGCAUUAUGGUAGUUUUACUCCCAACUCUCGGUUUCCGGAUUUGCCCUUUGAGGUGAAGGGUUUGGGGAGUGAGAGUAUGGUUGAGGAUGAGGGUAAAGUUGAGAGUGACAAGUUUGGGUUGGUGUGUGAUGAAGGGUUUAAUGUUGGGAGGUUGAAGAGUUUGAUGGGGUCUGAGGCUGCUGGUUACACUGCUGAGUUGGAGGAGUUGUAUGGUAAUAUGAUAAAGAAGAUGAAUGGGUUGGCUCGGGUUGUUGAGCAGUCGUCCGCUCGGCUUCUUGAACAGGAGAAGCAUAAUAUGAAGCUGAGGUGUAAAGUUGCAGGAAUUGAAUGAUUUUUUUAUGGGCAUUGUUGGGUUGAUGAUGAUGAUGAUGUUUUUGGUUCAAUCAUGUAUGUAUUGGUUGAAGUUCAAUUAAAAUGAGGUUGAAUCCUAUUUUUAAACCGGUUUAUGUGAUUGUGAGAUGUUAAGAAGUACCAUCCAUCUAUGAUAAACAAGAUAUUAAAAGAUAUGUGUGCUUAAAUGCCUGUUUGGACCUCA